AUGGGAUGCUUCUUGGUAAAAGGGAAAAAUCAAUCGCAAAAAGUAACUCCAUAUACAACAGACCAAUCAUGUGUACAUACAAUCAACUCUGACUCUGAAACCGCAAUGAAGAUUCAGCAAGGCGGUCUUAGCGAUAAUUAUGAAAUAAUUAAGGAAGUGCAAAACGAGAAUAAUACAAAGACUUGGAUUUGUAAUUUCGUUCCUCAGGAUACAAUGAGAUUUGUUAAGAGAAUAAAAAAACAGACUAAUCAGCCUAUUGAGGCUAAUUGUAAAGAAAUAAACCAAGAAGUAGAAAUUUGAAGGAGGAUAAAGCACCCAAACGUCAUAAAAUGCUAUGAAAUUUUUGAAGAUGAUGCUAGCUUUUACAUAGCUACUGAGUACUACGAGGACUCUCAAAUUUUAGAGAACCUAAUUGAGCAAAGACAGUUUACCGAAUACGAAUGCUUAUCAAUCAUAAAGCAACUUCUUACAGUCAUUACCGUUUUACAUAGUAAAAAAAUAAUCCAUAGAUCAAUAAACCCUCGAAACAUUAUUUUAGAUAAAGAUGGGCCAGUCAUAAAACUCACUGGAUUUGAAACAAGUUCAAUAUUAACAGGUCUAAUACUCAAAACAGACAAACUCCGACGGUUUUCUCAAACCUUAUCCCUUUUCACCGAUAAAUACACAUUUUCUUGGUAUUCUGCCCCAGAAUUCGAUUCCAAAAUGUAUAAUGAAAAAUGUGACGAGUGAAGCUGCGGGAUUCUUCUUAUCGCUCUUUUUACAGGAAAAGUGCUUCCCUUUGAAGAUCUUCACAAGGAAUUUAACACCUCAAUUCUUUCUGGGUUGAUCGAAUUAUUGAAAGAGCAGAAAAUUCCAAAACUCGCAGCAGAGCUGAUACGAGAUCUAACUCAGUCAGACACUUUUGCGCGGAUGUCUGCUGGAGUAGCACUCACUCACCCUUGGAUCCAACAAAAAAAGAAAUUAAAGCCAGUAAUCAUCAUUUCUCCUUCCCAAGAAAUCCAAACUUAG